ACUAAUAAUCAAAAAGAGAGAAAACUGAGGCGCAUUAAGUCAUUUUAGAUGUGGAAAAUUGUGUUGUCGCUGCUGCAGUUGCAACUGCUUGUGGCGCCACCCGCAGCCAGUUGUCCCAUCUUUCUAACCAUUUCGCUGGCGGGCAAAACUCUAACGGAGGCUUGUCUGGAGGUCAAUUGGGGACCGGAUUGCUUUGCCCCACCCGAGUGGGUGGGCAUCUAUCGUCAAGAUCCAUCCGUGUCCAAUUUUCAGCCCGAGCUGCGCAUCGAUGGCAUCAGGAAUCGAACGGGUAAAAGGCAAACUCCGAUUAAGCUGGGAAAACUGCAUUUUCCCGGCGGCUGGAAUCGUCCCCAAGCCGAGCAGACAACGGCUACCAAGUAUCCCAAGGGCAAGUGUCUGCCCUACUAUGUGGCCAGCUAUAAUGGCAGCGAACUGCUCACCAUUGACUGCCUCAAGAUCCAGCCCAAUUGGCUGGCCCAUCUCAAGGAUGCGGCAAACAUGCCGCUGAAGCGUCUCUUUCUGCCCGGCACCCAUGCCUCGGGCGCCUACAUAACCAACUACAGCAAGACCAAAUCUCUGCUCGUCAAGGACUACCUGGUUGCCCAGCAUUUCGAUGUGUGGUCACAGCUAGUCUUUGGCAUACGCUAUCUGGAUCUCAGUGUGGGCUAUAGAAACAUGGACAGCAGCAACGAGGCGGACAACUUUUGGGUGGUCAAUGAGAAUAUGUUCAUCAAUCCGUUGAGCGAUGUGCUCCGCGAUGUGCGUCGCUUUGUGGAGCUGUCGAAUGAGUUAGUUGUGCUGGACUUUAGUUCGUUUCCCAUUGGCUUCUACAAGCAUCCGGAGAUCUACAGCGGUGUCUAUCACCUGCUGCGCCAGGAACUGGGCGAUGUUCUCUACGAGCGAAAUGUUAGCCUCAGUGAACAUUGUGCGGAUCGCAGCUUUAAUGAUUUGCGCGCUGUGAACAGGCAGGUGCUGCUCCUGUUUCCCACUGAGGAGCUGCCCUAUCCGGAGAAUGAAUCUGUUUUACUUUGCAGUUCCUGGCAACGUUUCAGCACCAGCUAUAUGAAUAUUUCGCAGACUUUGGACUAUAUGCGUCUGUUGUUCAGCAAGAAACCCGAUUCACCGGUGCAGGACGAUGGUUGGAUAUUUCUGGCUGUGAAGAGCAUCGAACAGGCGCUCAACAAUCACAAAUUGCAGACGGCCAAAGAGCGAGCGGCAUUAAUUAAUCCCAAGGUGAAUCAGUGGCUCAACGGGCCCUGGGGCAUAAAUGCGAAUGUUGUCGCCAUGGAUUACUUUAGUAAUACCAAUCUGAUCGAUGUCGCCAUUCAUGUCAAUGUGCACAAGGCAUUUUUAGCGGCCAAUGACAAAUUUAUUAAUCUCGAAAUUCUGAGUCGCCGUUAAGUACUCUUUUUAAAUAUGUAAUAAAAGUCACAAUAAACUA